AUGAGUGACCCAUCUUACUGUAGCAACUCUGAAGGAGAUCAAUAUUCACAUAUCAGUGACUCUGAGCCUGAAAUUUAUGAAAAAGAUGUAUACAAAGACGAAGAAGAUGAACAAGUUGUAUACAAAGACAAAGACGAAGAAGAUGAACAAGAUGUAUGUGAGGAUGAAGAAGAUGAAGAAGUUGAAGAAGUUGAAUUCAAAGAUGAAAAACCUUAUCUUGCUUCGAAAAAUCUUGUUACUUCUCCUCCGUUACAGUCUCAGGGAAACAAAUCAUCCAAUUCUACAAAUUCGACCAAGGGAAAACCUCCUCUUACUUCUCCGCCAUUACAGUCUCAGGGAAAGAAAUCCUCCAUUUCUACCAAUUCAACGAAGGGUCGGAAGGUGGCUAUCAAAGUUAAGAAAACCUUCAGGCUACCCUUGGACCGUCCAUCUUUCGAAACAUUCAUAGAUGACAACACUACCCUUGACGACGAAGGUUAUCCAUUAUUCCCAAAUGGAAACACUGUCUGUCUUCGACUAUCAGCCAAGCAAAAGUUCACCAACUGGGGGACUUUUGGAUUCACUUAUACAUCGUCUGGUGGCAAAAGCAAAGGCCCAGGUGACUGGCGAACAGUCAGAUAUAGCUGUCUAGGGGUCAUAGUCUGCAAGAGUCUUGGUUGUGAUUAUCUUGGAUCACCGCCAACAGCAGCCCCCAAGAGAGCAGAAUGGAUGAGCAAACCUCAGAAAUGUCCUGCUGCAAGGUGUACUGAGGAACUUCAAUAUAUUGAAUGUAAUGACACCUUAUGCCGGUUGGACGAACAUGUCAGCGGCUGGGGCAUCAUACGCCACUCUGGGAUCCAUAACCAUCGAUGGCCUCGACGUGGCAAGCCGGACAAGUUGUCUUUGGCCAAGUUUGCCAAACGGGUAGUUGAAAACCCUGAUGUGGGACCAUUACGACACAAGGUCGGACGAGCUCCUGCAGGCAAGAAGGAAAUUGUUACCGCUAGCAACAUCCAUGCAGGUUUUGGCAACCUACAUCGGACUGGUUACUAUCGACGUAAGCUCCUUGGGGAAGCAGGUGUUAUCCCCGAAAAGAGUGUUCCAGGAGCGGCAGACAACUUCAUUAUGGACAUGUAUCACUGGUCUGAGCGCGGUUUGAACGUUGUAUCAUGUUCUAUGAAGCGUGUGAACAUGCACAUGACCUUUCAAACGGAUUGGAUGCAUCAGCAGCUGAUGGCUCGAGACGAGGACAACAGGGUCUAUGGUGGCGGUCUCCUCUCAGACGUAACAUACAAGUUUUUCAAAAACGGUUAUCUUUUAUCAACUUCUAUGUAUCACGAGGAUCUGCGACGAUGGAUCCCAAUUCUUUUGACUUGGCUGAAAGGCAUGACGGAAAAUCACUACGCCGCACACUUCAGUACCCUGAUGAAACAAUUCAAGCAUGCCGAAAUAACCGUCAAGGAACGUGAUACGCUGGUUCGACAGGUAGUCGACUUUUCAUUGGCCCAAGCGAACAGAUUUGUCAAAGCGUACAUGAAGGUUUUUAAGGAGACUGAUCCGGCAGUGGCACUUUCCAAACUUCAAGGUUGUCAUGAACAUUUUUGA